AUUAAAGAAGCUCACGCGAAGGCCAGUUGAGGGUGGUUAUACUAUUAUACAAUAACGAUUAUAAUACAAUAACAAUAACAAUAACAAUACAAUACAACUACAAUUAUUAUUACUACACAACAACAUACAGCAACACCUUCUACUCUUCACCGCAUCCCAUCCGAACAGUAAACAAAAUAAAGAAUGCUUACGUAUCGCUUAAGCUGAUACCACAAACCCUUUCCCAACACCUUUUCUUUUUAUAGCCGCGACAGAACCUUCUUUGCUCGGCUCCAAUUUGCGUCCUAAUCACUGACUAAGCGUGGGAUAGGGUGCUCUACUAUCAUGGGGCACAGAAACCGGACCUCUUCUCUCUCGAAAACUGCACGAGAAAAAAUCCCGAGGAUUCAAUCACCAGGCAGCUGAGAACACCCACAGAUGAGCGCCCAGUCAUUCGAAUCAGUGUUCCGCCACUCGCGGCUUGCGUCGCUUCCCUCGCCGCUGCCGUACUAUCGGUAUGGCCGGCACCCGAUCCAGCAGGUCAUCACCUCGCCGACGCACUCGCAGAAGCGCGGUGACUUUGGACUCAAGUCGCCGCUGCCCAAGUUGCCCGGCAAGGACGAGCAGCUCAAGCAUAUCGUCAUCUCCAGUAUUGAUACGCCGGAGGGGUUCACGGAUUUCUACUCUGGUGCGUCCUAUUACCGCACACUGUCAAAGAUUGAGGAACUCGGCGUGCCCGUGACGGUCCUCGUCUCGCGCGCGGAGGAAAAGCCUGCGAAUCCAUCGGCAGUGACGAGAGCGAUCAAGUCUGAGAUCAGAUCGAUGAUCCAGUCCGACUCGCAGCCUACCUUUGCAGCCAGAGCGAAACAGCGUGGCCGAGUGCCCUCGCUCGACGAGCUCAGAAAAGACAAGAUCCUCGCCAGCUCCGUCUCGGAAACCGAGGCCUCGGCCUCGUCCGGUCCUCUGGCCUCAAUGAGCCUCCUGCCUAAGCAAUUCACCCGCCACUCGCUCUACUGCGAGCCCGAGUUCAGCAACGCCCAACCGCUUACCUUCGCGCCAAAGCCGUACGUACCCCACCCCGUCCUCGACCGCCGCACCGUCGCCGGCAACGGCGGUCUUUCCUACGCGCUCUCCAACCGCGCCGUGCGCAACCCGCUCGGCGAGACAAAGUACCGCAUGCUGCACCCCGGCCGCGACCUCAGCCACGGCCGCGUGACGGUCGCGGGCAUCGUCGCAAAGCACACGAACCUCGUCACCGUCGCGCGGCAGUCGGUCAAAGACAGAUUCACGCCGUCGCUCUACAACAUCGAGCAGCUCUCCGUGUACGGCUCCGGCGACGUCAACAUGCGCGUCGAGUCGCCGUUCGUGCCUGUCAGUUCGAGAAACUCGAAACUCGUGAAUUCCAGAUACGCGACCGCUCCCGGCCAGCGUCCUCAGGGUCUCCGACCUAGGUCGACUCUCAAUGCUCAAUAUGCUUACAAUCGCCAGCAACGCGCUCCGCCUGCUCAGCAAGGCCAGACCCCUAGAUCAUCGGGUAUAACAAAUGUGCUUGACGGAUUCAUGAACGGAUUUAAAGAAUAACUGGUUAAUGACUUUUUCCUGUGUAUAUACUUGAUUCAUGUAGUAGUUCUUAAUCUAUAACUUUACACUAUCCUCCUUA